AUGCCGCCGCCGCCGCCGCCGCCGCAGGCGAACGGGGGGAAGGUGACCCCGAACCUGGCGAUGGACGCCGAGGCCACGCGCAUGCUCAACCUCACAGUCCUCCAGCGCCUCGACCCCGCCGUCGAGGACAUCCUCAUCACCGCCGCGCACGUCACGCUCUACGACUUCAACAUCGACCUCAACCAGUGGAGCCGCAAGGACGUGGAAGGGUCGCUGUUCGUCGUUAAGAGGAACUCCCAGCCGAGGUUCCAGUUCAUUGUCAUGAACAGGCGCAACACUGCUUCUCGUAUUAUUGACUACAUCGGAUCUUCCAACAUUAUGUUUUACAAACCAUCCGUGAUGCUACCACUAACCAAUGUUCUUACGGCGGUAAGGCGAUGCGCGGGGACCCACCCCCUUUGA